CCCUCUUCAGGGCAAGAUCUUCAUCUGGAAGGGGGUGCCUUGGGGUCCUGGGGGAGUGCCCCCCUGCCCUCCUCCAGGGCCAGGGGACCAGCAUCUUCAGGCAGGAAAUACUCAGACCACUGUGAGGCCCGGGCCUCCAGGCCUGGAAAGAGCCGAAUCCCGGGCCGAGACCACCGGCGAUACUACCAUGACCACUGGCGGCUGGAGUACCUGAUGGACUUCAACCCUGCCCGGCACGGCAUGGUGUGCAUGGUGUGCGGCAGCUCCCUGGCCACGCUCAAGCUCAGCACCAUCAAGCGGCACAUCCGCCAGAAGCACCCCUACUCCCUGCAUUGGAGUCCACGGGAGAAGGAAGUCAUCAGCAACAGCUGGGACGCCCACUUGGGGCUGGGGGCCUGUGGAGAGGCUGAGGGCCUGGGGGCCCAGGGGGCUGAGGAGGAGGAGGAGGAAGAAGAGGAAGAGGAGGAGGAGGGGGCUAACCUCCAAGCUUGCCCACCCAAGGGCCCAGGCAAAGCCCCAGCUGGCGGGGCCGGCAGGCGCCAGCGACGUGGGGGCCCAGUGGCACCCCGGGCUCGGCGUCAGCGCCUCUCAGCCUCCCGGAGGGCCAGGGGCAGCAGGGGGCUUGGGGCUCGGCGCCUGGAACGGAGGCUGAAGGACUCCCUGCAGAACUGGUUCCGGGCAGAGUGUCUCAUGGACUAUGACCCUCGGGGGAACCGGCUGGUGUGCAUGGCCUGUGGCAGGGCACUGCCCAGCCUGCACCUGGACGACAUCCGUGCCCACGUGCUGGAGGUGCACCCCAGCUCCCUGGGGCUCAGCGGCCCCCAGCGCAGUGCCCUGCUGCAGGCCUGGGGUGGCCAGCCUGAAACACUGUCUGAGCUCACUCAGUCCCCACCAGACGAUGACCUCGUCCCCCAGGACCUGACCAGAAAAAGCCAGGACUCGGCCCCCGCUGCUGGAGCCCCCUCCUCUCAGGAUCUCAGCCCCCCCGACGUAAAGGAAGAGGCUGGCUGUGUCCCUGAGAGGCCCGGGCCGGCAGACAAGGAGGAGGAGCUGGAGGAGGGCGAGAGGGUGGGGGGCCCAGGCCGGUGGCCGCGCGGCCGCGACCACCGCCGCCACUACCAGGAGCGCUGGCGACUGGAGUACCUCAUGGAGCUGGACGGCGGCCGGCGCGGGCUGGUGUGCAUGGUGUGCGGGGGCUCGCUGGCCUCGCUCAAGAUGAGCACCAUCAAGCGGCACAUCCGCCAGCGCCACCCGGGCUCCACGCGCCUCAGCGGGCCCAUCAAGGCCCUCAUCGCCCAGGAGUGGAGCGAGAAGGCCGCCCACCUGCUGGCCCUGGGGCUGCCCUGCCCCGAGUCCCCCAAGGACCCAGCCGCCCCCAGCACAGCCUCAGCCUCCGAGGAGGGGGGAGGGGACGAGGAGGAGCCAGAGGAGGAGGAGUGGUGGGGCGAUGCCCCGCUUUCUCCCGGGGAGCCGUCAGAGCGGCCUGCCGAGGAAGAGGAAGACGACGAGGAUGGCCAAGAGCCCGGGGGCCUCGCCUUCCCAUAA